UAAUUAGAACAUGAGAAUCUCCAUGUUUGUGCUGUCUUAUAAAAAGAAUCACCUUUGAAUUCGUGAAGAGUCUUACGAACCGCGCUCUUAUAUUCUAGACUUGAAUUUUGUGACAAAUUCUUCUACUUUUCACAGUUCGUACAGCUCUGGUUGCUUUGAUAGCCUUUAUGCCAACCAACCCUGGUGGCGCGUUGGGCUCCCUUGACUAUCCCAAGGGGGAAAGACGCCAACUUGCUAUCAAGUCACGCGAAACUGCGCCUGUAUACGGCAACACAGAACGGCAAAAGCUAAUCAAUGAGGUCCAUCAAUACAUGCUCACCAAAGCUCCUCCUGUUCCUGAUCUCCCUCCACCUGCGAGCACUAAUGAGCAGACCAACGGCACCAUAUCAGAAGAACCACAGCAAACCAAUGCUAGUAAUAACGAAGCACCACCCACAGAAGGGGCUGUUCCAAACCCACAAGUAGAGGGAAUACCUGCCGAGGACGUGCACGAGCUCCGCGUUGAUGCAGCAGCCGGCCGACUAAGAUUGAGCUUCCGCACAGAAGUUGCGGUUUCGAGAGAAACAACAUCGGAGACAAAUUCACAACCUGAACGGGACAUUGUUCGAGCCCAAAAACCCAUGACCGACCGCUUUUUCAACUGGGCCGCCAUUGGACUCGCCGUUGCCAUUCUGGCUCUCUUAGUAAAGAAGUUCCUGAAAUCCAAUGGUAUAGCCCACCAUUUGACUGAUCUGUAAAUCACUACAUUAGCUGAAGGGACGUGAACUGCUUCGAUAAACAUUUGUUUGUACUUAACAUAAAAUUACUAUAAAAAUGCCCCGAAACAGGUGCUGCGUAAAGUUGUUUCCUCUGCAAGUUAAUUACACUUGUUGGUCUAUUCAGGAAGAAAGAAUUCUAUAUCUUGUUCCUAUGAGAGCUGCUGCAUUUACCAAAAGCAUUUUAGAGUAUUUUAAGAUCAAA